AUGUCGCAUCUGGCCCUGCGUCGGGCAGCAACUGAUUACCCAUCCUCUAAUGAUGACAGCCAACUAGUCUCCCCGUCCAGUGUUGCAAGCGGUAGCACCAGCAACACAUUAACUGCCAGUCUCCCCACAAGGCCGUUCCACGCAACCUCGCCUUACGCGGACAGCUUAAGUCAACCCUGUGAGAGAAAUCAAGCAUUAUUGACAGGAGAUGGUAGUGGUCGGUGGAACGUUCCGGAUGAAGACAGCGAGGGCCAAAAUCGUUUUGGUGAUUUCUCAGCCAGCAGCCACACCGACAUCUCCCACUUCUCGAAUUCAAAUUUCGACGCACCACUCCACUCUUUCAGUCAUUCAAUGACUCCUUCGUUGAAGAACUGGUGUUCGGUCUUCUACUAUGAACUAAACAAUCGUGUUGGUGACGUCUUUCAUGCAUCAAAACCUAAGCUAACUGUCGACGGCUUCACGGCUCCAUCUUUAGGCACUGAAAGAUUCAGUUUAGGUGGACUCAGCCAUGUUAAUCGCCCGCUACAAGUCGACAUGACUCGUCGUCAUAUUGUUGCCAUGCUGUUAUUAGUUGCAGCGUGGGGAGACACUUUGCAGCCAAGUGGAAUGGGAGAGGAAAGACAACGUUGGAAGGCGUUCGACCCUUUUAUUGCGCUGCUAAACGAGUUGCCGUGUGGUGUGACAGUGUGUUGUUGCCUACGUCUGACACUGAAAUCACUGAACAAGAGUGACUGCGCGUGGGAAGUUAAGAGGACUCAGGGGAUCGAACUCGGGCACACGUCUGACCCUGUGAGGUCCCAGCGUGAAGUGAAUAUGUCCACGCUUUCGGGCAUUGACGCCAAUCUCGCCUUGGCCAGAGAAAUGCGCUACUGGUUCCUUCUCAUGAAGCUUAAUGAAGAAAGUGCUGCUGGUGCAUAG